CAAACCUGUCUGUCUCUAUAGGUAGAAGUAGAAACGGAGCACCCUCACAAUGCCUCACAAACACAAACGCAGGCAGAAUGACCCCAACGCCUUCAACCUCCCACCAACUCUAAUCGCAAAACCUCUCCCCGUGCGAGACGCAUCCAAACCAGGAAAACACAACCCGAAAUCCCAAUCCCAAUCCCAAUCCAAAUCCCAGUCCCAGCCUCAGUCUCAAAAUGCAAAACAGAAGCAAUCAAAUCUCGCCUCGCGCCGGAAAUCCGCCCUGGACGACGACGACACCCCGCGCGCAUUCCGCCGACUGAUGCAGUUCCAAUCAAAGCCGAAGCCCAAUCCGCAAGAGAACAAAACCAGCGACGAAGAGAAAGACGAAAACAACAAGAAGAAGAAGAAGAAUAAUAAUAAGAAGCGCAAGCGAGAUGAACCGGACUCGAGAUCUCCAUCUACAGCUACGCAACACAAACCCCCCACCAACCAGGAAACAUCCACAGCAACACCCACAGCAACAGCAGCAGCAGCAGCAGCAGCAGCAGAACCAGCACUGAAAAUCCUCCCCGGCGAAAAGCUCUCCGACUUCGCAGCUCGCGUGGAUCGCGAAAUGCCCAUCUCCGGCAUGAAACGCUCCAAUAAACCGGCGGCCGCGGAUAUGCCCCAGAUCCGAGAAACGAAGCAAACGAAGCACGAGAAGCAUCUGCGGCGGCUGCAGCGCCAGUGGCGCGAAGAUGACGUGAAGAUCCGGGAGAAGGAGGCGGCCGAGCGGGAAGAGAGGGAAACAGAGAUGGAGGAGCAGUUGCAGCUGUGGAAGGAGUGGGAGGUGGAGGCGGGCAAGGGGAAGGCGAAGAAGAAAGGCUCUGGGGUGGGUGCAGGGAAGAGGAAGAGAAAAAUGGCUGGUGGGGACGGUGCUGAGUAUGAUGAUGGUCCGGAUCCGUGGGCGCAGCUGAAAAAGAAGAGGGCCGCCGUGAAUCCGUUUGAUGUCGCGCAGGCGCCGCCGCAGUUGAAGAAGCCAAGGGAGAUUUUCAAGGUGCGUGGGGGCGCCAAGGUUGAUGUUGCGAAUGUGCCUGCGGCUGUGGGAAGUUUGAGGCGGAGAGAAGAGCUUGCCAAUGAGCGAAGGAAUAUCGUGGAGGAGUAUAGACGAUUGAUGGCGGAGAAGAGGCAAUAAACGGUCUUUUAAACAAAAAGUAUUGUUGAUGUAAAUAUGGGUGUGUGGAUAGAAAGUAUAACUUUUUUUAGCCUUCAGUAUCUAUAUAAAAAAAAUCCAGG